AUGAGGCCACCUGUCCCAGAUGUCGCGUUGCGUAGGGCCCGCAAGUCCUCCAUCGAACAGCAGUGGACCGAGCCCCGCAAUACUAGUACUGCCCCCGCGACCUUCUUUCUGGCCCGCAGUCGUGAUCGCAAUGCGGAGGAGGAGCUCUCCCCCGGUGAGUCAGUUCCUUCAAGGGAUAGUAUGUACGGUGUUCAAAGCCUCGAAGAAGCCGUUCUCGAUGCCAAUCCCCCUGCCUCCGAGUGCGAGCCCUUUCCUUGGGGUGGGAACUCUGAUUCCACAACUUUGAUCGGACAACAACAACCGCCUCCCCGCGACUAUCUAGAUAAUGGUGAUAACGAUGCUACCUCAUUGCCUCGCCGCAAGUCGACCCUCAAACCCAGCGACCUACUCAAUGCUAGCAGAUUGGAAAUUUCUUUACCAUCUUCUGAUCGCACUUCCCCUCGACCAUUGACGCCAUCAAACCUCAGCAACCCAGAUGACCCAUCCUUUUCUCUCCCCAGCAGUCCCAAAUCGUUCUCCAACCAGUCCCUGAGGCAUCUCGAUGACAUCUCGAUUACCGAUGAUAUAAGCAGUGAGAUUGUGGCUUCAGGUGAAGAAGACAAUAAUUUCCCGACACCAUCCAAUACAUGCCUUGAUAGUGCAUCCCAGUUGGUAAUGCCAAGUAUUAGAAUGCCCAGUCGAAGGCCUUUUACAGAGCGAGGGAAGUCACUGGGCCGUCUGAAAGUGCUAAUCGCAGGUGCUUCUGGCACUGGGAAAACCUCCCUCAUCAAAUCCAUUGUUCAAGCUUGCGAAGAUAUCGUUCAUGUCGACCCCUUUCCCUCCCUGCCCCUCUCGAAAUCGACCCGCUCACCUGGCUCUUCAUCUCAUUCCUUCCAGACACGCAGCAGCCCUCCAUCUAUCACGGAAAUUUACGCUAGCACAAAACCAUAUCCCCUUCUCCGGGCAAUGACGUCCCUAAACUCGGCCAAUCAUGAUUUCCAGAAUAUGCUCGCGGGCAACGGUGGUGCCCAGGUUGACACUGUCUUAUACCUCAUCUCUGAAGAUAUUGAAUCUAUCCGGAAGCUAUGCGACUGGACAAACGUCAUUCCCGUCAUAUCUAAAUCAGAUCUCUUGUCAUGCAGUCGAGUCUCGGCCCUCAAAUCCACAUUUCAUAAGCAAGCUCAAGAGGCCAACAUUAAACCUUUCCUUUUUGGCGAUGUAUCCCUCGGUGAAGUCAACGGGCUCAACGUUCAGUGUCCUUUUGCAGUUUCGUCUGCCAAGUCCGACGAUGAUGACGUUAUGGACGCCAGCACUCUGAUGAGUCCGGACUACGUCCAGCCUUUAAUGGCGUCCGAAUUAAUGAUCUUAGUGCAGAUGUUAUUUGACCGAGAAAAUAUAACCUGGAUGCGACAUUUGUCUGCCAAGAAGCUUGCCCUACGGCAACAAGAGCAGUCAUAUUGGCAGCAGGAUGGUUUACCAAAUGACGUCCUUCCUGGCGGUCAUACUUUACGGGGUGGCUCCUCCAGUUACACCAUGGCGCGAAUAUCUGACUAUACUCGUCACGAAGAGAGGCUGGCCCGGGUACAGCUGGCAAGGUGGGCGUCUGACCUUCAACAAAGCCUACGUAAUGAACGGGAAAGAUAUGCCACCAUCGCAAGGGGGGAUCGUGCUGUCUGGCUCACGGAGCGUCUGGGAGAAUGUGUUGUAGAUGGUUCAUUAGUGCCUAUCUCACAGACCCCUGGAUUCUGUGGUCUCGGUGUACCUGCAGAAAAAGCAGGUAGCGGUAUUCUAGUUCGGACACAAAACGGAAAGAGGGUAGAAUGUCGUAUUGCACGGAUAAGCCCUCAUGAUCCACUGGGGCUUGUUUGGUGGUCCGAGGAUCUUAAGCGACGGGGAUGGGCCAUCAUCCAAAUUGAAACAAGUGCGUUGGACUGGGCCAUCCCCUGCGAGGCGGCGGCCAUCAUGUAG